AUGCCUGGAAUUACUCUCCCUCCGUUUCCUGAGAAUAUUCCGACACACCCCCUGCUGGUCAUCGACUACGAGCUCUUGAAGGCAGGAGACUCUGCCGAGGCAGAGAAACUCUGGAAAGCCGCCACGGAGUUAGGAUUUUGGUAUCUGAAGAAUCAUGGUGCGGAUGAAGAGGUCGAAGGCAUGUUCGAAAUGGGCCGCGAGACCUUUGAUCUCCCAUUAGAAGAAAAGAUGAAGUUCGUGCACGGAGCUGGCGAAAAUUCCUUCGGGUACAAAGCAGUAGGCUCCUUCGCGACAAAUGAGUAUGGCGAUCCAGACAACGCCGAGUUCAUUAAUGUCGCUAAGGAAGACGCCUUGGCAUAUCCCGAAGUCGUUCGGCGCACCUACCCUUCGACUGUAUACAAGCACAUGGAAUCAACAAUAAUUCCAUUCGCACACAAGUCACUCGGAAUCGUCGACACAAUUUACUCUGUGUUCGAGAAGAAACUCGGUCUACCAGAAGGUGCCAUUCGCGCGUGCCAUCCACUCAUGGAAAAUAGCAACUCCGAAUGUCGUACCAUCAAGUACCCAGCCAAACAUGCUUAUUCGGAAGGACCGAUUGACAAGGCCAAGGUGUCUCUUGGAGCGCACACUGACAUAGGAUCGCUGUCGUUCCUUCAUAAUCGACUUGGAGGGCUUCAGGUCCUUCCUCCUGGAAACCCUGAUUGGCACUACAUCCUCCCUAUCCCUGGACACGCGAUAUGUAACAUCGGGGACGCGCUCGCGCUCUUAUCUGGUGGCAUCUUACGUUCGAAUAUGCAUCGUGUCGUCCCACCGCCUGGUGAACAGUGUCGUUAUGCACGCUGGUCGGCUGUGUUCUUCUCUCGACCGGCUAGCAACUGUCCCCUUCGUGCGUUGGAGGGUACUGUAAUUAAAGAAACGCUCGCUCAGAUAAGUCCUGAGCAAAGGGCGAAAUUCAAUUCAGGUGUGACACAAGGCGAGUGGUACACGAGGAGGGUUGAUAACCAGAGGGCCAAGAACAGGACCGGUCCCGAGACUUGGCGUGCGAGUAGGGGAAUGGAACACACACCAGAUAUCAUCUGAGC